GACAGUCCCCCAGGUUUAAUGUUGCAAUGUCAUUUAUAUCCCCUUCUUAUUCUUUCUCAAUUAAACAGCUGUUUCAUCACAUGCAUUUAAGCUUUCCUUUCACAACUCUCAGCUGUAUGAUGUAUUGCAUGUAAUCCCUUGGAGACAAACACCUCAACCUCUAUGUUAUACGUUGUAUAGAAUGUGCAAUAAUAACCUGUCAGACAAAUAAAAAUUAAGCAAAUAAUUUGCUUUCUCUGCUUUUGUAGUAGGAGACAAUAAAUGUAAUUCAUUGCCCACCCUGACCACACACACACACACACACACACACACAAAAUCAAAAUGAGGCAAUGACAGUGGUGCUUGAAGUUGCCUUUAGGUGUGUCCCUGUUUGUAUUUCAGCUGUGGUCAGAGCCAUCUCUUGCAGAUUUGCUUAGGGUUGCUUCUGUCUGUUUUGUUUGCCUCACCUGUCCAGUGGAAGCCCCUCCCAGUCGGUGAUCCCAGCCUAUCAUCACCUCUCCUGUGGCAGCUAUAAAGAAAGCUGUGACAAAGCCCCGUCUCGAUUGUGUUUCAACUCACAAGUCAGCCAGACUCAGCUCACAAAGAGCGAAAUCCAGUCUCAGCAUCUAAGGAGUCUGCACACACUCGAGAGGUGAGGAUGACAUCCACGGCAGGUCGGCUGGCCCAUCAGCAGGAGAGAAAGCAAGGUAUUGGUACCAACAAGAAGGCUGUGAAGUUUUCCCAGCAGGACUUUGAGACUCUGCGCCAGCAGUGUCUGAAGAGCGGACGCCUGUUUGAGGAUGACUGCUUUCCAGCUGAGUGCAAGUCACUGGGCUACAAUGAACUCGGACCAUACUCAUCCAAGUCCAGGGGUGUUGUUUGGAAGAGGCCAAAGGAGCUGUGUUCUGACCCAAAGUUCAUUGAUGAUGGAGCCACACGGACGGACAUUUGCCAAGGAACUCUGGGUGACUGCUGGCUUCUGGCUGCCAUAGCCUCUCUGACUCUAGACAAGCGGAUCCUGGCUCGCGUGGUGCCCUCUGGACAGAGUUUCACCAAAGAUUAUGCUGGAAUAUUUCACUUCCAGUUCUGGCAGUUUGGUGAGUGGGUGGAUGUGGUGAUUGAUGACCGCUUGCCCACCAGAGAUGGAAAGCUGCUGUUUGUCCACUCAGCGGAGGGCUCAGAGUUUUGGAGCGCCCUGCUGGAGAAGGCCUAUGCUAAAGUGAAUGGCUGCUAUGAGGCCCUGUCAGGAGGAAACACCAUUGAGGGUUUUGAGGAUUUCACCGGAGGAAUCGCAGAAAUAUACUCCUUGGACAAGGCUCCGCCACAACUCUUCAAAAUCAUGCGGAGGGCCUUGUCUCUGGGCUCGCUAAUGGGCUGCUCCAUCGAUAUCACCAGUGCCUAUGAGACAGAGGCAGUUACAGCUCUCAAACUUGUAAAAGGACAUGCAUACUCAGUCACUGGUGCAGAAGAGGUUCACUUUCAAGGCCAGGUGGUUCAGCUGGUCCGCAUCAGGAAUCCAUGGGGUCAAGUGGAGUGGACAGGGCCUUGGAGUGAUGGAUCCAGUGAAUGGAAGUACGUCCAAGGAAAUGAAAAAUCAAAGUUGAACCAUGUGGCUGAAGAUGGAGAGUUCUGGAUGUCCUAUUCAGACUUCAUCAAGCAUUUUUCCACGCUGGAGAUCUGUAACUUAACCCCAGAUACACUCAUGAGUGAUGACGUGGGCCACUGGAACCACCAUCAGUUUGAAGGGAUAUGGAGGGUCGGCUCCACUGCUGGCGGCUGCCGCAAUUACCGAGCAACCUUCCCAUCCAACCCUCAGUUUGUGGUGCAUCUGGAAGAUGUGGAUGAUGAUCCUGUGGACGGGGAGGAUGGGUGCACCUUUCUGGUGGGGCUGAUGCAAAAGGAUGGACGACGGCAGCGGAGGCUUGACCGCAAACUUGAGACUAUUGGCUUUGCCAUUUAUGAGAUCCCAGAUCAGUAUAAAGGUCGCAGCAAUGUUCACCUAGGUCCGGAGUUCCUGCUGCAACAGAAAUCUGUGGCGAUGAGCACCUUUAUCAACACACGGGAAGUGUGUGACCGCUUCAAACUUCCUCCAGGAGAAUAUGCCAUAAUCCCCUCAACCUUUGAGCCUCACAAGAACGGCAGCUUUAUUCUCAGGGUGUUCUCAGAGAAACAGGCAGCCUCCAGUCCACUGGAGGCAAAGAUUGAUGCUGUAAUAGAGGAGGAAGAAAUAUCAGAGCGUGAUGUGGAUCCUCAUUUCAAGGAACUCUUCAAGCAGAUUGCUGGCAAUGACAGGGAGGUAUCAGCCUUUGAACUGAUGAAAAUAUUGAACAAUGUCGUCUCUCACCGGUCUGAUCUCAAGACAAAUGGCUUCAGCCUUGAGACAUGUCGUCUUAUUAUCAGUCUGCUGGAUAAAGAUGAAAGUGCCCGUUUGGGACUGAUGGAAUUCCACAUGCUUUGGAACAAAAUCCAGAAAUACUUGGAGAUCUUCAAAAAUCAUGACGUGGACAACUCUGGCACCAUGAGCUCCCACGAGAUGAGAGGCGCUGCCACUGAAGCAGGUUUCCAGGUGAACAUUGCUGUGUUGCAGGCCAUUGUCAGUCGUUAUGCCGAUGCUCAGUAUGCCAUAGACUUUGACAGUUUUGUUGGCUGCCUCAUUAAAGUGGAAAUGCUCUUCAAAAUGUUUAAGGCUCUGGAAAGAGGUGGCUCAGGAAAGAUUGAGCUGGACAUGCAACAGUGGCUGUGUCUGGCGAUCUACUAGCCCCGGGGACAACACAAGUAAAGAUCCCUUCAUGAUGUCUGCAGGAGGACAAAGUUCAAUCAAUUAACAAUAAAUAAGAACUAAUUUUUCAUCUUUAUAAAUUAAGUAAACCCAAUAAAAAUACUUUUCAUAUACACUCUAUAUCCUAAAUGCUUAAAAAUUGGCAAAAUGUAUGUGGACAUUUUAAUGGUAUUUACUAAAGAUAGCUGUAAGAUAACUAUAAAUGGAAAAAAAUAAACCUUUUUUCAGUAGGGAAAAACUUGGUUGGUGUUUUUGCUCUAUUAGCCUUUGCAAAACUUGUGUCAAAUGAUAAAAAAA